AUGCUCUGGCAGGCUCCAAAUGUGGUCAUGUUUACCAACAGCAUUAGCUAUGGAGUAGCGCAAAGUAGUAAGGCGCAGGAGUCAGAGGAUAUCGAGGGUGCUGUGCUCAGUAGACGACCGAAGAUCGGGGACCUUGUGAGAUUGUUGCGGCUAAGACAUCGAAGAUCAGAUGUAUCAAACCCGUCAUGCGAUUCGGCAAUGACGGGGCGAUACAAGCAUUAUCUCAGUGGGUCCUUGAGGACGUCCGAUAGUCCCAGCUCAUACCACAACGGAUAUGCAAGAUCAUCUCUUAUUCAAAGAUUCCAGUGAAGCGUCGAGUCUUUCGCAGCAUUGGAAGGCGGGAUUGUGCCGCAGCCAGGUUACCUUGAGAAACUGUGAGUUAAUCCUGCCAAUGCCAUAGUACACGAGAUCUUCACGCUCCCCCUGCCCAUCGAACCGAACGUCUCCAGUGAGCUGACGUCGACCACGAAGGGCUCUGAUAGCUGCAUUCAUCCUUUUGCCAUCCACCCAAGAGUCUUGCGCGUCGCACAACAACGCAGAAGGUCGAGGAGGAUUUCUCAGCUGAAAAAGAAACGGUGCAAAGAUGGCUAG